AUGUGGUUGUUUAUAGCCACACUAGUCCUAAUAACAUGGUAUCUCUACCGUUUCUACUCCUCCUUGUCCAACCUUCCACCAGGACCAUUACCAUUGCCAAUAAUUGGUAACCUACUAAGUUUUGUCAAUGUCGGCCGAUGGGAAGACAAACUGGUCGAAUGGAAACAAAAGUACGGUGAUGUCUUUACAAUUCACAUCGGCUUACAACGAUUUGUCACUGUGAAUUCGUACAAAGCUGCUGUGAAGUAUUUUGUCAAGGAUGGAGACUCUUAUACGGAUAGAUUAGAAAAUGGUGUUAAUGAUAUUAUGAGAGGUGGAAGCUAUGGUGUAAUAGAGACUGGUGGUCAGUUAUGGUUAGAGCAAAGAAGAUUCGCUUUGAAAGUUUUGAGAGAAUUCGGGUUGAGCAAGGCUCAAAUGGAACAAAGGGUAAGAAUUGUUUUUUACCCUACCUCCCUACCCUACCCUAUCUUACUCUAUCCUAUCCUAUUCUACUCUGCUCUACCCUACCAUUUUCUACUGUACCUUACCGUACCUUAUCGUAUUCUACUUUACAAUACCGUAUUCCACUCUCACUUACCUUAACCUGCUCUAUUAUGUCUUACCUUUGCCUACUUUAUCCUACUCUACUAUAUCCUAACCUACCCUAAUUUACCUUUCCGGCCUACUUGUACCAUGCUCAUCCUGCCAUGUUUUAUCUUACCUUACUUUAGCUUAACCUACUAUGUUUGCUAUUCCAGGUACUAGACGAAGUAGAAUACAUACACAACCAAAUAGACACUAAACUAAAAAAAAGUGACAAAUUUUUUAAUCUAGAACAAUACACAGACAUAGCCGUUGGCUCAAUAAUCAACGCCGUCGUAUGUGGCUACCGUUACACCGAUGGUAACGAAGCCGAGUUCAAUCAUAUUAAAAAGAUUCUGAACGUAGCGUCGGAUCGUUUUUCUUCAAUGUGGGGAAUGUUCUUGAUGUUUAAUGUGAACUUUUUCAAUUUAAACAUAGCUAGGCCAUUUAUAAAGUAUGCAACAGAGAUGACAGUUAAGGUGUUAGAUAACCUGUUAGAGCAAAUUGAAGAUCAUAAGAAGAAGAAUGACUACAGUAAUCAGUCUACUGAAGCCAAAGACUUUAUCGAUGCCUAUAUGAUUGAGAAGGCUAGGCUAGAAGCCAAUGGUGAAUAUAAUACGAACUUUAGUGAAAAACAGCUAGCUAAUGUUUGCUUUGAUUUGUGGGUGGCUGGUCAGGUAGGUUAUGAUAAUUAGUCGAAUUGGGCUCGGUAAUGACUAAAGAAGCGGAGAGUCGAACGAGGUAAACAAAUUCUAAAAAUUUAAAGCAAUUUAAAAAAAAAGCUAUGCCAAAGAUAAUAUUAGCCUUAUAAGUAACUUAAUGUUUUAGGAAACAACCAGUAAUUCCCUAACAUGGGCUAUAAGUUACAUGGUGAAUCACCCAGAAACUCAGCAGAAAGCUCAAGAAGAGUUGGACAGAGUAAUAGGCUCAAACAGAUUGAUUACUAUGGCUGAUAGAAAAGACCUUCAUUAUGUCAAUGCAUUUGUUAAUGAAGCCCAAAGGUGUGCUAAUCUAGUACUUAUUAAUAUAUUACGAAGAACUAACAAGGAGGUUGAAAUGGACGGAAAAGUAUUACCUAAAGGCACUGUUGUUUUGCCGCAGAUAUCUGUUAUCAUGCACGAUCCGGAGGUUGGUUUAUUACAUAUUUCAAAAAGAAAAAGCGGGACAACAGUAGGGUAGAAUAAAGGAAGUGUAGGGCAAGGAUAUGGCAAGAGUAGAGCAUGGAAAGGAAAAAAUAAAAUAAAGACUCGGCAGGGGUAGGGCAAUAGUUGGGCCAGGAUAGAGCAAGGGUAGGGCAAAAGUAGAUCCAAGGUAGAGCAAGUAUAAGGCACGGAUAAAGCAAUAAUCAAGCACAUAAGACAAAGGGUAAGGCAAAAGUAUGGUAAGAGCAGGGCAACGGUAGAAGAAAAGAGCAGAAGCAGGACAAGGAAGAGCAAAGUUAAGACAAGAAUUAAGGCAAGGGUAGGACAAGGUCAAUAUGAGUAAAACAAAGCCCAAGCUUACAAUAUCAAAUUAAAAAAAUAUUUUUAGGUAUUCGACUCUCCCUCAACCUUCAACCCAGACCGUUUCAUCGAUGAAAACGGUCGAUUUAAGCAAAUCGACGAAGUUAUUCCAUUUUCAAUUGGCAAAAGAGCUUGUCUUGGUGAAGGUCUAGCUAGAAUGGAGCUAUUUCUAAUCAUUGCCAACCUAUUGAAUCGCUAUAGGAUAUCAGUUGGCGAUGAAUCACCUUCAUCAACGAGAAUAGGUGGAAUGUUCUCCAGAAUAAGACCUUUCAGUUGUCGUGUUGAGUUGAGACAGUAAAAUAAAUAAUGCAGUAACUUUGUUUACAAAUUGAGGAUUGGCAAGAACUUUCUUUACAAAACAAAAAAUCGCAAUAACUAUUUAAAAAUCGAAAAAUGACAAAAAAAAUUAAUACAAAAAACCCUUACAGCUUUUGACCUGUUUAAUUCAUACAAGCUUUUUCUUUUCUUUUCGCAAAUUAACUUUCUCUCGCAGCUUGGGCUCUGGGCUAGGGUUUUGGACUAGGGCUGUGGGCUAGAACUUCGGGCUAUUGCUUCGGGCUAGUCUUGACAGAACUCACAUUAUGACCAAUUCAAACAAUAUAAUAUUUCUCUUAUCUAACAAGGAAAAAGCACUCUUGUUUGUCCAUAACAUUUUCUUUCGUUGUUUCAAAACACGCUGCCUUAAACUACAAACUUUACUCGAUUUAAAAGCUCAGAAAGAAGGAAAACAUUAUUAGACGUUCGAAGACUUACAUCAUUGUGUUUUUAACUUCUUAUUAAAUAUUUUUCAAAAAAAAUUUUUUCAUUUAAAAUUUGAUUCAAAGGCCAUAAUGUUGCUGUAUAUAACUAUACUAACUCUAAUACUAUGGUAUCUCUACCGUUUUUACUCUUCUUUAUCCCACCUACCACCAGGACCAUUACCAUUGCCAAUAAUUGGUAAUCUCCUCAGUUUUGUCAAUGUCGACCGAUGGGAAGACAAACUGGUCGAAUGGAAACAAAAGUACGGUGAUGUGUUUACAAUUCACAUCGGCUUACAACGUUUUGUCACUGUGAAUUCGUACAAAGCUGCUGUAAAGUAUUUUGUUAAGGAUGGUGAUUCUUAUACAGAUAAGUUAAGGAAUGAGGUGAAUGAGAUGGUCAGAGGUGGCAACUAUGGUGUGGUAGAAACUAGUGGCCAGUUAUGGUUGGAACAAAGACGAUUUGCUUUGAAAGUUUUCAGAGAAUUUGGGUUGAGCAAAGGCCAAAUGGAACAGAGGGUAAAUUGUUAAUAUUGUAUGAACUGAGGGUAGGGUAAGGUAAUUUAAAAAAGCGUUACCAUUCAUUAUUUUAGAUUCUGGAAGAAGUAGAGUACAUUCACAAUCAAGUUGAUAGCAAAAUUAAGAACGGUGAUAAGAACAUAAAUAUACAGCCUUACACAGACAUUGCCUCAGGUUCAGUCAUCAACGCCAUCGUAUGUGGAUACCGCUACACCGAUGGUCACGAAGCUGAAUUCUAUCAUCUGAAGAAUACUCUUAACACGGCAACGGACCGUUUUGCUACAGUAUUAUCACCAUUCUUGAUGUUCAAUUCAAAUCUUUUCAAUGUAAAAAUAGCACAGCCAAUUCUAAAAUACGUCAGAGAAAUUAUGGUUACGGUACUAGAUAUUCAUUUAAAACAAAUUGAAGAACACAAGAAGAACAAUGACUACAGUAAUCAGUCUACUGAAGCCAAAGACUUUAUCGAUGCAUAUAUGAUUGAAAAGGCUAGACUAGAAGCUAAUGGUGAAGAUAAUACAUCCUUUACUGAAAUACAGCUAGCUAAUGUUUGCUUUGACUUAUGGAUUGCAGGUCAAGAAACCACCAGCACUACUCUAACAUGGGCCGUAAGUUACAUAUUGAAGUACCCAGAAACCCAGCAGAAAGCUCAAGAAGAGUUAGACAGAGUAAUAGGCCCAAACAGAUUGAUUACUAUGGCUGAUAGAAAAGAUCUUCACUAUGUUAAUGCCUUUGUUAAUGAAGCUCAAAGAUGUGCCAAUGUAUUGCUUUUGAAUUUUCCACGUACAACGACAAGAGAGGUUGAAGUGGCCGGAAAAGUGUUGCCUAAAGGCACUAUUGUCGUACCACAAAUGUCUGCUAUCAUGAAUGAUCCGGAGGUUAGUUUAAUAUAAGAUGGGCUAGGAUAAGGGAAGGUUGGGUAGUGUAAGUUCUUUUGAAUAAUGUUGAAGUUGAGUAAAGCUAUAGCUAGAACUAGGGUCAGGGCAUGGGUAAGACAAGACUAAAGCACUACUAAGAAAAGCGUAAGGCAAGAGUAAAGCAAGAGUAGGGGAAGGGUAAGGCGACAAUAAAAGAAAGGUAAGACCAAGUAGGACAAAAGGAGAGCAAGGGUGAAACAACUGUAGGGCAAGGGUAGAGCAAUAUUAAAAAAAGAUGUAAUACAAGGGUAGUGCAAGGUCAAAAUGAAUAAAACAAAGCCCAAGCUUACAAUAUCAAAUUAAAAAAAUAUUUUUAGGUAUUCGACUCUCCCUCAACCUUCAACCCAGACCGUUUCAUCGAUGAAAACGGUCGAUUUAAGCAAAUCGACGAAGUUAUUCCAUUUUCAAUUGGCAAAAGAGCUUGUCUUGGUGAAGGUCUAGCUAGAAUGGAGCUAUUUCUAAUCAUUGCCAACCUAUUGAAUCGCUAUAGGAUAUCAGUUGGCGAUGAACCACCUUCAUCAACGAGAAUAGGUGGAAUGUUCUCAAGAAUAAAGCCAUUUAGUUGUUGUGUUGAGUUGAGACAGUAA